AUGUCACCAUUAAAUGUUAAUCCUGGUCAGAAAAAUUUCAAGCAAAGAAAGUCUUUCGAAGCAAGAAAGGCCGAAGUAGAAAAUAUCCACUAUCGUUUUCCCAAUAAAAUUCCGGUUAUCGUUGAGAGAUACAAAAAUGAGAAAGUGUUACCUAUACUCGAUAAAACUAAAUUUUUAGUACCACAAGAAUUAACGAUGAGCCAAUUUGUCUCGAUAAUAAGGAAUCGUAUGUCAUUAACACCAUCGCAGGCAUUUUAUUUGAUUGUCAAUAACAAAUCAUUGGUUAGUAUGACGACAACUUUAACUGAAGUUUAUAGAGAUGAGAAAGAUGAUGAUGGUUUCCUAUAUAUGGUAUAUGCAUCGCAAGAAAUGUUUGGCUGA